CCGCAGAGGCGGGUGGCGGGGAGGGGCCUAAAGCAAGGAACUGUGGGUAGGAGACGGUCGUCGGUGAAGACGCCAUUUUGUGGAGCGGGCGAAUCCUGUCUGGAGGUUUUGGGACGCAGCGCAGCUACUGCUGCUGCUUCGGUCCCUCCUGGAGAAGUAAGACAAAGCUUUUGGAGGCGUGUGCUAGAUCGGCAGUAAAACAAUGGGUUCAGACAAACGCGUGAGUAGAACAGAGCGAAGUGGAAGAUAUGGUUCCAUCAUAGACAGAGAUGACCGUGAUGAGCGUGAAUCCAGGAGCAGGCGGAGGGACUCAGAUUAUAAAAGAUCUAGUGAUGAUCGAAGAGGUGAUAGAUACGAUGACUACCGAGACUAUGAUAGCCCAGAGAGGGAACGUGAAAGAAGGAACAGUGACCGAUCUGAAGAUGGUUACCAUUCAGAUGGUGACUAUGGUGAGCAUGACUAUAGACAUGACAUCAGUGACGAGAGAGAGAGUAAGACCAUCAUACUCCGCGGCCUUCCCAUCACCAUCACAGAGAGCGAUAUUCGAGAAACGAUGCAGUCCUUUGAAGGCCCUCAGCCUGCAGACGUGAGGCUGAUGAAAAGAAAGACAGGUGUAAGCCGUGGUUUCGCCUUCGUGGAGUUUUAUCACUUGCAAGAUGCUACCAGCUGGAUGGAAGCCAAUCAGAAAAAGUUGGUGAUUCAGGGAAAGCACAUUACAAUGCAUUAUAGUAAUCUGAGACCAAAGUUUGAAGAUUGGCUUUGUAAUAAGUGCUGGCUUAACAAUUUCAGGAAAAGACUAAAAUGUUUCCGAUGUGGAGCAGACAAGUUUGACUCCGAGCAAGAAGUGCCUCCAGGAACCACAGAAUCGGUUCAGUCUGUGGAUUACUACUGUGACACAAUCAUUCUUCGGAACAUAGCCCCGCACACUGUGGUGGAUUCCAUCAUGACAGCACUGUCUCCUUAUGCAUCCUUAGCAGUCAACAACAUUCGCCUCAUAAAAGACAAACAGACCCAGCAGAACAGAGGCUUUGCGUUUGUACAGCUGUCAUCUGCAAUGGAUGCUUCUCAACUGCUUCAGAUAUUACAGAGUCUCCAUCCUCCUUUGAAAAUUGAUGGAAAAACCAUUGGGGUUGAUUUUGCAAAAAGUGCCAGAAAAGACUUGGUCCUCCCAGAUGGUAACCGGGUCAGCGCCUUCUCUGUGGCUAGUACAGCCAUCGCUGCUGCUCAGUGGUCAUCCACCCAGUCUCAAAGUGGUGAAGGAGGCAAUGUCGACUACAAUUAUCUGCAGCCAGGCCAAGAUGGUUAUGCCCAGUACACUCAGUACUCACAGGAUUACCAACAGUUUUACCAGCAACAACCUGGAGGAUUGGAAUCUGAAGCGUCAUCUGCAUCAGGUACAGCAGUGACUACCACUUCAGCAGCUGUAGUAUCCCAGAGUCCCCAGCUGUAUAAUCAAACCUCCAAUCCACCUGGCUCUCCGACUGAGGAAGCACAGCCUAGCACUAGCACAAGUACACAGGCCCCAGCCGCUUCCCCCACUGGUGUAGUUCCUGGUACCAAAUAUGCUGUACCUGACACAUCCACAUACCAGUAUGAUGAAUCUUCAGGAUAUUAUUAUGAUCCAACAACAGGCCUCUACUAUGACCCAAACUCGCAAUACUACUAUAAUUCCUUAACCCAGCAGUACCUUUACUGGGAUGGAGAGAAGGAGACCUACAUGCCAGCAGCAGAGUCUAGCUCCCACCAGCAGACUGGACUGCCUCCUGCCAAAGAGGGAAAAGAGAAAAAGGAGAAACCCAAGAGCAAAACAGCUCAGCAGAUCGCCAAAGAUAUGGAACGCUGGGCAAAGAGUUUAAACAAGCAGAAAGAAAAUUUUAAGAAUAGCUUUCAACCUGUGAAUUCCUUGAGAGAAGAGGAAAGGAGAGAAUCUGCUGCAGCGGAUGCUGGCUUUGCUCUCUUUGAGAAGAAGGGGGCCUUAGCUGAAAGACAGCAGCUCAUCCCAGAAUUGGUGCGAAAUGGAGAUGAGGAGAAUCCCCUCAAGAGGGGUCUGGUUGCUGCUUACAGUGGUGACAGUGACAACGAGGAAGAGCUGGUGGAGAGACUUGAGAGUGAAGAAGAGAAAUUAGCUGACUGGAAGAAGAUGGCUUGCCUGCUGUGCCGGCGUCAGUUCCCAAACAAAGAUGCCCUGGUCAGGCAUCAGCAGCUUUCAGACCUCCACAAGCAAAACAUGGAUAUCUACCGACGAUCCAGGUUGAGUGAACAGGAGCUGGAAGCCUUGGAAUUGAGAGAAAGAGAGAUGAAAUACCGAGAUCGAGCUGCAGAAAGACGGGAGAAGUACGGCAUUCCAGAACCUCCAGAGCCCAAGCGCAAAAAACAGUUUGAUGCUACCACUGUGAAUUACGAGCAGCCCACCAAAGAUGGCAUUGACCACAGUAACAUUGGCAACAAAAUGCUGCAGGCCAUGGGCUGGCGGGAAGGCUCUGGUUUGGGAAGAAAGUGUCAAGGCAUCACCGCUCCCAUUGAGGCUCAAGUCCGGCUGAAAGGAGCUGGCCUCGGAGCCAAAGGCAGCGCAUAUGGCUUGUCAGGUGCUGAUUCAUACAAGGAUGCUGUCCGGAAAGCCAUGUUUGCUCGAUUCACAGAGAUGGAGUAGGACAAGGGGAGCCAUGGAAGGCGCUCCAGGAGCACAAGGAAUGUCUGUCUCUGAACUUCACUUUGCCCUCCCCUCUUGCAGGGCAUGCUUUGUGCUGUUAAUAGAUUUUAGGGUGAACCGCUUCAUUCUGCAGGGUUCCCCCCCCCCACGUUAAAGGAGUUCCCCUAUGUGCAUUAUCUGGUAAAUGGCCUUCCUUCCCGCCAGAGGGCCUGUGAACAGCCCAGAGGGCACCAUGGGUUUUUGUACUUCUAUGUACAUAAUGUAAUGUAGUGUUUUCCAUGUGUAGCCUCUACUGUGGUCCAGCAACCCCUCAUGUUCCUGGGGUUGAGAUGCCCUCGGUGGUAGGUAACACUCAAACCAUCUCUGUCCUUUAUUGUGAUGUCUUUCUUUGGCAAAAGCCUUGUGUAUAUUUGUAUAUUAUACAUUUGUACAGAAUUUUGGAAGAUUUUCAGUCUAGUUGCCAAAUAUGGCUUCUUUACAAAAGAAAUCCUUGAAAAAUG